UCCAUUUCUUAUCACUAGUUCUUCAUAAUGUUUAUUUAGUGGAUAAAUCUGUUGUAUGUGGGUUUGAGUAUCAGUUUUAUUUUACCAGCUACAUGUUAAGUAGAAAAACAGAGUGGUACCCAUGAGAGAAACUGUUGUGUAGGAAGCUUCCUUGGAGGGCGUCAGUCUUCCAAGAAGACCCAGGAGAGGAAAUCAGCAUUGCAAGUCCCACCCUUCUCGGCAUUCCCUGGAGCAGUUCUGGAUCUCCUGACUGGCAUCAGGACUCUCAGGAGCCCCUUGCCUGUGACCCCUGACCCCGCGUUCCCGCCCACACGGGCGCUGGGACGCGCUCCACCGCCGGCAGGGGGCGCCAGGGGAGGGUGUGUUGGUGUCGAUGGCGUCGCGAGGAGGCGGCGCCCGCGGGGGCCUCUACUUGGGCCUGCUGCUCUGGCUCCAGCUGGCUCAGGCCGUGCUCAGUGUGGGUUCCCGAUUCCGAGAUGAUUCUGGGGUGACAGAGCCAAGUCCAGAGUCUCCAACACUCACGAAGCACACCAAAUCCCCCGGGAUCCUGGACCGCCCUACAGGCCCGGGGUCUCCAGCACCUGAAGAGCUGUUUCCACGAGCAUGCGGCAAAAGAACCAUGAAGAUAGUUGGUGGAAUGCCUGCCCCGGAGAGAAAGUGGCCCUGGCAAGUGAUCCUGCAGUCUAACGGUGCCCAUGUGUGCGGAGGCUCCCUCAUCUCCAGCCGCUGGGUCCUGACUGCCGCCCACUGCGUGUCAACAAAAAGUGGGUGA